CCCCCCCGGGAGCACUUGCAAAUGCAUCGCUAAUGACUCAGGCUAAUGGUCAGGCUAGAAGGACUGAGAAAAGGUUGAAGUGAAAAGGAGGAUGGGCGUAGAAGAGAGAGAUGUUUUCAAACGUGUGUGGGGUGGAGAACCACCCUCAGGAGUGAGUUGUGACCAAAACAGAAGCUUGUGCCAGUCACCCGGACACCGAAGCACUGAGCCAUGUGGUCAGUUCCGGGCCAUGCCAACCACUAUGUAAAGAUCCAAAUGGCACCAAACACAAAGAAAAAAAAAAAACUUAAAUGAAAAGAAGUUAAACAAGAACUAUUAUCCAUUCCUGAUCCAUUCUGUUGAGGUCCCGGUCUUCCCUCUGCCUUUUCUAAACAGGUGCAUCCUGUCUCAUACUGGUAUGAAAUGACUGAAAAAAAACGGCAUGUUUCCAGUUCUCUUCUCUCUCUCCGUAGCGGCGAACUUCCUACGGACUAACACUACAAGGGAUUGGAUCUCUCCUUAACCGACAUUGCCCAUCAGGUCUCCAUUAAGAGGGUUAUUUAUUUCUGAUGUUUUUUUUUUUUUUUGUUGUUGUUAAGUGAUGCACUUUAUCAAAGGACAACAAAUCAUGGGCGCCGUCUUGGUACAUCACAUGUAACCCAUCAGACUAUCAGUGGUCCAGUGCAGAGACUGCUUUCCCAUUAGAAUGACAGCCCAUCCACAAAUGCCUUUCCUUUCGCCUUUACUGGUUCUUUUUCGUUUUUUUUUUUUGCUUUGACCACAUAGAGCAUUUUAUGUAGUUGUGUUUGAUAAACCAGCUUAGUUGGACUGUGUGUAUAGUCAGUGGCAAUCAGGAAAUUUGAAAUGAUAAAAUGUAAGCCUUUUUUUUUUUUUGUUACUUGCUCACAUACCCCAUGGGUUCUGCAGCGUUGAUAUCUCACCAGUGUGAGCGCUAAUCUUACAUGAAAAGCUGUGUUGUUGUGAACAUAGUGUUGGUUUAUUGAUAACGUUGUUUUACCACUUUUCCUCCAAAAGUAGUUUUCUUUCUGUUACUGAACCUUCCUUCCAGUUUUGAUACCCAGUCCAGUCCACUUGAAAGUGUAUUGUUAUCAUCACAUCAUUCUGAUCAUCUUCUGGUUGUCUUUACAAAUGCCAUUUAAGGUCAUGCAAGUCGGUUUAUACAUGUCAGUUAAAAAACAGCCACUUGUUGCCACAAUGAGUUCCCACAACACCUAAAAAUAGAACUGUGCGGAAAUAAAUGUCUACCAUGGAUUGCAUCAACAGAUCAGACAGAGUCCCGAUCUUUUAUAAAAGGGCUUUUCAUUUCUUUGUUAAUUCAUAAUUACACAAAGCAGCAGCUUGUUUCUUCAAGCCAUGCAAGCUAUAAUAAUACGAAUAAUAAUACUAAUAAUAAUAAUAGACCAGUUCCAUGGCACUGUCCAGUUGUAUAGUUCCAUGCCUGAGGGGCUUAACAUUAGAGUUGCAUGAAUGAAUGUCUCCAUCCCUGCCUGUGUUUAAAUGUGCAGAUACAGGUCCCUCUUAGACGACGGGGUCUUUCGCACAUACAUUUCUUCCGUCUCUGUUUAAACCACCGUCACCUAAUGUUGCUGUUGCACACGGCACCACUCUGUGUGAGGAAACACAGGGAUGUGAUCUACUGCAAAGUUUUUAUGACCUGGCAUCUUUGACCUGGCAUCUUAAACGUAUACAGACGAAAACAGGGGAAGGCAGCUGCCCUGUCCAUUUCAGAGUAAAACAUGUUAUGGUCGAUGUUUUUCAAUUUACUGUAAAAAAAAAUCGAAACAAAAAAAACAAUAUUCUGAAUAGCACUGGCUUUGACUGGCUCAAUUCACCAACCGCUGUAAGGAACAAUGAGGGGUCCGUGACAUUUCCAUGCAAAGACCCCUCUGGGACAGUAGGACACAAAGCCUGGUCAGUUUACUGCAGUCAAGAAGCAGAGCUUCCUUUGGUUCACGGUCACAUUUUCAUGCCUUUUUACUGCCAUUUCAGAGGUCUUGUGACAUUUCGUUUAGGCCUGUGUGCCAUUGUCGUACAAGCUGCCCCUUCCAGUAAUGUUUGGAGCUUAUUAUUUCCUCUCACAACUAUGCAAUAUUUGAUUUAAUAUUAAACAAAUACAUUUCUUCAUUCAUUGGGAUUCUAAAAAUGAGGAGAUUGACUUAAAUUUUCUUUUUUUUUUUCGUAAUGGCUGGACCAGUCAUCUGCCUAAAGGCAGCUUUAAUUGUUUUGCCUUUUUUGUAUUAGCCGUAAUCAUGUGAGCAGUAAUGGGUAGUUGAUGACUUUUUAUUUAUUCCAGGAUUUGUAAGAGUAGUAUCUAAUUCUUUGUUUGCCUUGGUUCCAUUCCGGUUUCCUUGCCCCCAAACCAGGAAACAUCAUCAUGAUUCCUUUGUGCGUUGAAUUUGAAAUUGAAAUUUAGUUUUGGGAAAGUUCCUGCGGACUGUUUGUGUAUGGGUGGACAGUGUGCUCAUAGGUUCCAUAGGAGAUCAAUGUUUAUGAUGAGGAUGCAUUAACUGUUGACAUGUGACACACCACUACUCUUUUUUUUUUUUCUCUCUCUCUCUCUCUCGCGCUCUCUCUCUCCCUCUCUCUCUCUCUCUCGCUCUCUCUCUCUCUGUGUGUGACAUCGACUCUUGACAUUGACUUGUAUUUGCAUAGUUCUGCUUUACAUGUGCCUGCGUUGGGUUGGGUUGUUUGAAGCGAUGCCAUCCCAUAUCUGCCAAUCAUGAUCAUUUGGAUAGCUUUCAUAUUAGUUGAGAAAUACUGAUAGGUACUCUAGGAGGGACGUGCCAAGAGGCCGUACUGGAAAAGGACAUCUAAAGUAAAUACAUUUUGAUCCUGCUAAUCCUAAAAAUCCUGCUAGAGCUUUAUUGCACAUUAUUUAGUAAUGAAUUUGAAGUGAGUGAAAUCAUUCAGGAAGAGAAUGCCUGAACUGAGGGCCAAAAAACACCAUUGUCAAUGUUCUAUUGGUCUCUACCAUUGCUAAUGUUCUAUUGGUCUCUACCAUUGUCAAUGUUCUAUUGGUCUCUACCAUUGUCAAUGUUCUAUUGGUCUCUACCAUUGCUAAUGUUCUAUUGGUCUCUACCAUUGCUAAUGUUCUAUUGGUCUCUACUAUUGUCAAUGCAGAUAUUAGGGAAGUAAACAAAAUGGCUGUGCUGUACGUGUCGAUUUUGGAUGAUGGGAUACAAAAGAUUGCACCUUUCAUGUUCCUUUUCUAUGCUUGAAAUUACCUGCGCCGUGUACUUAUGACCUUCUACAGCACUGAAUAGGAUGUCAAAGCUGUUCUUUAUUGUACAAUAGAGGACUGAGAUUGAGAAUUGGACAUAAAAGUGUUAUUUAUAUUUUUCCUUGAGAAAGAUGUACAUAAUUUUGAUGUUUUCUUUUUCCCAAUUUGUGGUUUCCCUUGUAUAAAUAUAGGCCUACUGUAUGUUUUGGAGUUUGAAGCUACAGUUGCAGAUGAGCCUCAAGAAACACUCUCAUCAAAGGGAUGCAUUGUUAAUAAAAUACAUUUAAAUUACUCUGACUCGAGGGUGGAAUUUUGUCAAAAUGUCUUUCUUUCUUUCCAAAUGUAUUCCGAUACUUGAGGCCAGUUAACCCUCAUCUGACAACUUAACCAAUUAUUUUCAGUCAUAAAACUCUUCAAGUAUUAACUCGCAACACUUAAUUUUCACUCAUUACAUAUAUAUUACAGGGCCAGUGCAAUUCCAGUACAUUUUCGGACUUCUUCCCAGUUGAAAUAUCCGGUUUCGUCAUUGGGGCUGUGAUGUUAAGAAGAGAGGAGGAGGCGUGGUAAAAAAGAAAAAAAAUACUAAAGAAGGAAGGGGCCAGCUGUUGACGCUGUCCUAUUGACAUAGUGAACUAGUAUCACUCGUGCUUUCAAAAAAAAAUAUUUUCGUAGAAGAGCUCGGGAGGAACGUUGUGUAUCAUAAGAAAACAUCGAAGAACUACUGUACCUUACGUUGGCUUCUACAGCCUGUGAAUGAAAUCAUGAUUGCCAGCCUUCUACUGUCUGCCUUACUUUUCAAAGCAGUUCAAGGAACGCUAAAUAAACCACUGCGUAUAGAUGCACGCGGUGACUCGCGUUCUAAAAUGAUUCAUGUUUCCUGGACGGAUGAACCCUCUUUACUCGGGACGCUAGAAAACGUUACUUAUGACUUUGAAGUCUACUACACUGGACAGAAUGAAACUGUGCACAGAGACUCUGUUGAAAUAAGAUCAAACCUAACAGUCACUCAUAACUGGCAAUGGAUAUCUCCCCUGCCUCUUGAGUGUCUCCCACAUUCAGUGAAGCUUCGGGUCAGACACCUCAAUAAUGUCAGUGAGUGGACAGAUCACAGAAAAGUUUCAGGUUCGGGUUAUGAUCAUUCGAGCAAGAUGAUGAUUUAUCCACAAGAUGAUGUUGCCUUGGCCGACAGCAAAAACAAAUUCUGCUGCAUUAUUCCAUACGGAACCAAUAUAAGUGAUUUUACGUACAAUGGACAAUCCAUGCAGUCAAUGAACCACACCCACAUUGAUCAGACCUACAUUUUUGACGUUACCAUGGAACCCUCCACCUCUGGUGGUGACGAACUAUAUUGUGAAUUAAAUAAUGGCGUUGGUGAUGGAUCAACUGUGUUUGUAACCUUUAUUCCGGAAGUUGACAACCUUACUUGCGAGACAAGAAAUCUCCGUGUUGUGGAGUGCUCUUGGACACAGGGUCAAGAUAAAAACCUUAAAGGACGACAGGCAACCAGAUAUACUCUUAAUGGAAGUCCGUGUGAAACAAUCGAGCAUCGUAGGUGUGCCAUCGGUAUAGAUCCAAAUCAGGGGGAACUGGUGUGGAAGCUGACAGCCCAGAAUAAUAUCAGUAACACAAGCUUCACUGAUUCAGCUGACCCCAGGCACAGAGUGUAUCUACGGGCUCCUCAGCAUCCAAGCACCUCACAGAUUAACUCCAGGAAUGCCAGUCUUCAGUGGCACUGGCCUGAUGCCGACCUCGGCUCAUUACCAAUGCGAUGUCAAGUAAAGAGAACGCGGCCCAAUAAAGGAGAGGAUGUGAGAGAAGAGACAGGAGUGGGCCUGCACUCUGUGGCGCUACGUGAGCUUCAUCCAUACACCAGAUACUCCGUCCAGGUGCGAUGCACGUCAGGUGAACACUUCUGGAGGUGGGGAGACUGGAGUGAAAAAGUCUCUUUUGAAACCAAAGAGGACAUCCCUCAGGCUGUGGAUGUGUGGAUGACAGUCGACAGCAAGAACAGGAGCUUUGUGGUAUGGAAGAAGCUAGCCGCUGAGCAGAGUCAUGGGAAGCUAACGAAGUACCAACUGUCGUGGGAUGGCUCAGACAAGGGCUUGGAGCCCACAGAACACUGUUACAACAUGGGUACCGCCAGCGCGGACAAGAGGGUCAGCAUCACGGCCUUGAACACUGCUGGCCCCUCUCAGCCCUCAACCAUCAUGGCCCCAUCGCAACCGGCAGAUGUGGAGACAACACGUGUUAGUGGUACUGGUGGCAGUUUGGGGCUCUCCUGGGACUCAGGGGCUGGAGCCAGUUGUGGCUAUGUGCUGGACUGGUUCCCUGUGGGCGGCCAGGACGACUGCAGCAUUCAGUGGAUAAAGAUACCAGCGGCCAAUACGAGUACUAGAAUCAAUUCAGGGCUUGAAGAUGGUGUGCGAUAUACAGUGUCUCUGUAUGCCUGCACUUUAGAUGCCCCGGAGCUGCUGCAGAGAUGGGAAGCUUAUGGCCAAGAGCAAGCCCCAGCUGAGGCUCCCACGGUCCAUGCUGUUCAGGAUGGUCAGGAUGUUCUGCUCACCUGGGAUGAGAUAGCCUUGGAGAAGCAGAGAGGGUUUAUUAUGGGAUAUAUGAUCAACUAUUCCUUAAGUUCCAGCAGCACAGGGCAGGACAAGACUGAGAUUGUUAACGGCAGUGAGAGCAGGAUGGAGAAGAGGAUUCCAAACCUUCGCGCUGACACCUACGUGUUCCGAAUAAGUGCUUUCACAUCUGGAGGCGAGGGUCCGGCCACGACAACUACAGUCACUCUUACCUCACAGGCUUACAAGAUCAUCGUGAUCAGCAUCAUAUCACUAGGAGGUGUCGUCACAUUGGUUCUACUCUCCACCAUUCUGUGCUACAGAAAAAGGGCAUGGUUAAAGGGCAAGGUGUACCCAGACAUUCCAGCCCCUCAACUUGAUUGGUCCAACACAAAGGGAAUCCAUGACUGCGGGCUGUUUAAAAUACCCGAUGAGCAAGUGGAAUAUAUGAUGGCCCCUUCACUGAAAGUCAACGAUGUCAGCCUGAAGGUCACUAACAAUGUUACACCCAAUGUCUACAUGCCACUGUACACGAAUGUCACAGACUUACAGCCGUCAGAUCCUACAGACGGUGAUUUUGGCUCCAGUCCUUUGCUGGAAAACCCCACUUACAACCGGCUGGUGGUGUCUGGCACUGCGGUGGAUGAUGCCCCACCAGCAACCACAGUUGACAUAGAAGGAUACAAACCCCAGGAGCUCAGGACGUCCCCUCUUCUGGCCUCAUGUGUAGACUCCUCUUACCAAGCACUGGAGGAUGUCUGCCGGCGUGGUCCGCCGCAAAUGACCUGGAACACUCACUUGGAGAGUGACAAUAACAUUCCCGUUGGCUUAGUUGGAGACCCCAUCUCUGUCAACUCUUCACAGCGCUUGCUUGGAAAUCCAUGAAGACAUGGGCAUAUGGAACAACGUGCCUAAAUAGGUCAUGAUGAUGAUGAUAUAUUGGUGCAGAAACCUCAUGUUGCUGUGAAAGAGUACCUAAUGCUAAUUAUUGAAUGUGAAGCUUGCAUGGUUUGACAUAUACCAUGUUAUCUGGACAAUAAGUUGCAUCACAGCUUGGGUUUAUGAAGAAUGUAUGGUGAAUAUAUAAA